AUGAUACCUGAAAACAAUAACUUAUUUGUUAAUAAAAAUUCUAUCUAAAAUAAUUAGAAUCCUGUGCUAUUUUGCUGGGGAGUAGAUAAUGAAUUAUUUGUUUAUGACCAAAAUAAUAGUUUCAAUAGUACAAAAAGUAAAAAGGGAUAGGCAGUUAAUUUAUAUUUCUCAGAUAUUAUUCCACCAUCAUUUAGAGAUAUGGUCAAAGAUUUCAGCGAAAUAUUCUAAAAUUUCCACAAUCAAAGAUAAAAAAUAGAUGAGAAUUUCAUUAAAGUAAAAUCAGAAGAAAUAAAAAUGAUUUCAACAAACUAACAAACCAAGUAUGCAAGUGAAAAAGAAUUUAUGGAACAGUAUCAAGAUAUUUCUGUAUAAGCAUUAGAUUAAUACAUAGACACAUUUAAAAGAUACUUAUAAAUAGGCAUCUAAAAUUAAUGGACUUAGUAACACUUGAAUUAUACAAUAAUAAGCUUAAUAUACUAUGACUUUAUUAAGAAUCUAAAGAUAGAAAAGCAAAGAUCAAAGCUCAAGAAAAUAGAUUUUUCAAAAUCAGAAAUGAUUGUUAGAUUACUUAAUUUAUACCAAGACUCAACUAAUCCAACAAUAAAUCAAGAAAUCCUUACGUUUGAUGUUUGGAGCUAAAUUUAUCAUUUCUUAAAAAAUCUGAAUAUAAGCCAAGUUAUUUGCCUGUUAGAAGACUAAAAAGGAUACGAAAAAAGGAUAAUACUCAACAUAAUUGAUGCUUUAAAAAUGAAGAAAUAUUUUUUUAAAGGCCAAGAUGCUAGACUUAUCCCAAAGCAAGAAUUUAUUAGAAGACAUGAAGAGUUUAAAUAAAGAAUAUAAGAAAUAAGUAAAAAUGUUAAUCCUUAGAGUGAACUUUAUUUCUUUUUGCAAGUGCUUAGUGGCAACAUUCAGUUUAUACACACCUUCUGCUAAUAAGAUUGGAUGACUUUUGUUAUUUUUUAUAUACUUUUUGCUAACCCUAUAUUCACAAUAGACUAGCUCAAAACUUAAAUUCAUGAAUGCUAUUAGCAUCAAAUUGAAAAGAGCGGGGAUCACGUUUAACAAAUGUUUUUCUAUUUGAUUACUCAAUUAGACUGCUAUGCUAGUAUUCAGAAAGCUUAGGGCAUUCUUCAUCCUUUCUAUUUUUUCCAUUUGAUAGAUAUCUUACAAGUUGCUGAAUUCACUUUUGAUGACUAUACUCCCACAUACGAUUAACUAUAGAGAAAUUUUAGGGAAGAAAUUUAGUUUAAGUUUUUAUAAUAUCUUUAAAAUGAUAUUUUUGACUAUCAAUUAAUGAGCAUUUACAUCAACAAUUUUGUACAGAGAGUUGAUAUUAUAGAUAAGAAACUGAAUCACAGCUAAAUAUUUGAAGAUUUGUUGGUCUCUAAAAGCAACACUGUGAGUAACUUUGCUUAAAUAGUCUAAGAUGUGUAAAAAGAAAAAGAUCCUAUACUAAAUGAAAGUGUUAAAAGCUAAAUAUCUGCUAAAGCUAUGAGCUUAUUGCAAUAAAAUUAAUACGAUAAAGCUCUUGAAUUUUAUAUUUAAUUAGCUGAUUUCUAAAUUGAAGAAUGUCCUCCAUAAAAUGAAGAUUUCUAAAAAGUAUUAACAGGCUCUCAAUUAAAAAAAAUUGAAGAGAAUUAUAAAUAUUUGAGAGAGCUUAUUGUAAAUUUAUUAUUUUAGAGAUGUGAUGUUGAUUUAAAGUCUAUUGUAGAUUGCUUGGAAAAAAAAUCUUGUAUUAUCAAUAAGUAUUACAUUCAUACUUAAGUUAUAAGAAAGCACCUAAAUUUUUUGUACUCUUAUGAAAAACUUGCAGAUGCUAUUAGUAAGUUAAAUAGGGAUAAUAACUUUUAAGAUAAAAACUUAUUAGGAUCAAUUGAGUAAGACAUAUACAACCUGAUAAAAUUGUAAAACUGUUUAUCAAAAGAGCUUGUCAUAGGUCUUAGAUUAAUAGAAACAGUAUUAAAAGCAUCCCAGAUAAAGUUGUCAUAAUAAAUUUAUAAUAUUUUAGUGCUCAGAACUUAGUAAUUAAUGAGGGAAAUCAAAGAAAACAUUAUGGAAUAUGAGUUGUUAAAUGAUAUCUAAAAUAUUCAAAUUUAUAAAUAGCUAAAUCAGGAAAUGUAGCACUUUAUUUCAAUAGUUAUGAACAGCUAUACAUUAUGA